AAAAAUUGCAGGACCCAUUACCGGAAGUAUCACAUUAGCAUGACACGGAAGAGGAACUGCGAAUCGAUGUGUUUAGCGUGAACGUGAGGAGAACUUUUAAUGUUAUAAAAUUUCCCUUUUUCAUACCACCUUCAAACACCAGCGAAUUCAUCCACAGUAUUAUCGCGGUCCCAAACUCCAAGAUGUUUAACAGACAGACGAGCCUGUGGAUGGGUGAUUUGGACCCAUACAUGGAUGAGAACUUCAUCAAGCAGGCCUUUAGUGCUAUGGGAGAAUCACCGUUUGGAGUAAAGAUCAUCACUCACAGGAUAACAGGUGGUUCUGCGGGAUACUGCUUUGUGGAGCUGGCAGAUGAAGCAAGUGUUGACCGCUGUGUCCAAAGACUCAACGGAAAACUGGUCCCUGGAUCAAAUCCGCCCCGGAAGUUUAAGCUAAACUAUGCCACCUAUGGCAAACGGCCAGAGGCGGGGCCAGAAUUUUCAGUGUUUGUAGGCGACUUGGCCUCUGAGGUGGACGACUUCCAGCUACACCAAGUUUUUAAGAAGUACCCUUCCUGCAAAGGAGCUAAAGUCGUCACCGACCAGUAUGGCUACUCCAGAGGCUAUGGCUUUGUCAAGUUUGGGGAGGAGAGCGAGCAGAAGAAAGCGAUCGAGGAAUGCCAGGGAACAAUGCUUGGCGGAAAGCCGCUCAGACUCAGUAUUGCUGUAGCAAAGAGCCAAAAGAUGAGCAGCUACCAUGGAGGCCAGGGCCAGAAUUACCAUAGCAACUACAGUCCGUCUCAGUCCAGUUACUACGGCAGCCAUAGCGGCGGGGGUCAGGGGGGUUAUUACUCUCAGUGGGGGGGCUAUGACCAGUACAGUGGCUAUAACAACAGUGGCUACAACAGUGGUUACAACAGUGGCUACAACAGUGGUUACAACUAUAACUAUGGGCCCUAUGGAUACCCUCCGCCAGGCCACAUGAUGCCACCUCCUCCCAUGGGGAUGCCACCCAUGUCCACUGACAUGUCUGGAGCUGUAGAGCAGAGUCAUGAGGAGACUGAGGACAUAGAGGAUGAUAAUGCAGAAGAGCCAAUCCCUGACUGUGACGUGGACCAGUGGAACAAAGAUUUUAUGCAGCGCAGCGAGGAGCUCUACGACGCCAUGAUGAACUGUCGUUGGGAAACUCUGAACUCUGUUGAUUCCCCUGUCCCCUUCCUCUCUUGAUAACCUCUUUUUGUCUCUUCUGAUCCCUCCUUAACCCUUGAAUACUUCAUUUUUUAUGAUUUUGUACUCCCCAUAAUCUUGAUGAUCUAAAGCUACAUUGACGCCUUAUAAAGGCCACUUCAGUUCACCGUCUCAAGUACUUUAUCUAAGUCUGACUAAAGGCUGACAGUACGUACAGAUGUACUUGUUCCUCAUCAAAUACUUAAAGUGCAUAUAAACGUUCACUUGAUUUUAAUGUUUACCAUGUUGGUAAUAAACCGAAAGUUGAUCAAUAAUCAGUGAGGUUACUGUGUAGUCCAUACAGUUUAGUAUGAACUCCUCUAUACACCACAGCUACACGUUUAGGGAUAACGUGCUGAAGUUGCCUUCUCUGCUGUUGACUGGUACAGUAUUUUAUGCUGUUUGUCAAUAUUUCACCAUUUAACUAUGUCACAGAUUUGAUUUAUUUUGUUGAUCCAUACUGAAAUGGUCACACCAGCAAAAGCUAACUUUGCUCAGUGAAUAUGGCCCCAGCUCUGUAGGAAGGGAUUGUCUUCUGAAGAUAAAAAAUUAAAACUAUGCCUUUAUUGUCAUUUGCCAUGUACUUCCACAAUGGUCAUUAGAUUUUUUUUUUAAUGUACAUACAAUGUCUCAGCCUCUCUUGUCUUGUUCAUUUUUAAUGAAGGAAUUUUUCUGAUAGAUUUAAAGGACCAGUGUGUAGAAUUUAGUGUCAUCUAGCAGUGUGGUUGUAGAACCAACCAACUGAAUACCCUUCCCCUCACCCCUACCUUUCCAGGUGUGUAGGAGAAUCUACGGUGGCCUUCGGCUAACUUAAAAAAGGUCCUCUCUAGAGCCAGUGUUUGAUUUGUUCUCUCUGCGCCACUGUAGAAACUUGCAGUGCAACAUGAUUGGCUCCAUGGAAAAGGAUCUGCUCCCAAUGUAGAUAUGAGGUCUCAAUCUAAGUUUCUUGGUUUCAGGUGAUUAUACACCAAUGAAAACAUAAUUAUAAAUAUCAUAUUCCAUUUCUGCCAAUAGAUCCCCCUAAAUCCUACACACUGGUCCUAUAAUGAACAUUAUCUGGGUAGAAGUAUGGAGAAGCAUGGGAAGAUGACGACACUGAUUUUACCCAGCAAUAUUCAACCAGGAAUGUAAUUUUUCACUGUUUAUCAGACAAGAAGUAUAAUAAACGAAUGGUACAACCUUC